AUGCUGGCUUGGCAGGACGGCGGGGCCAAGGCGGCUCCCUCGCACCACAGGAUCUCCUUCUCUGUCCUGGACAUCCUGGACCCGCAGAAAUUCACCCGUGCUGCGCUCCCGGCCGUGCGCUCUGCUCCCCGGGAAGCCAAGAAAAGUUUGGCAGAGGCAGAAGCGGGAAAGGACGCCAGCUCAGAGGACCAGGCCCGCGAGCGGGAGACCCCUGGUGCUGCAGGCCGAGGAGCGGGGGUGGCGUCCCCGCUGGAGGGCUCGGAGGCCGAGGAGGCGGAGGAGGACGGGAAGGACGCGGGAAGGCGGCGACAGGAGCGACCUGCGCGCCUACAGGCGGGCCCAGCGCGCUCCCCGGAGGCCCGGGCAGUGGCGUUGGCGGAGGGGGAGCGCGGCGCCGGCGGCCCCGCGGGCUCCCCGGAUUCGCCCGGCUCCCCGCGGCCCCGGCGCCGACGCCCGGAGCCUAGCUGCGCCAAGCCGCGGCGCGCGCGCACGGCCUUCACCUACGAGCAGCUGGUGGCCUUGGAGAACAAGUUCCGGGCCACGCGCUACCUGUCGGUGUGCGAGCGCCUGAACCUCGCGCUGUCGCUCAGCCUCACUGAGACACAGGUCAAAAUUUGGUUCCAGAACCGCAGGACCAAGUGGAAGAAGCAGAACCCUGGCGCCGAUGGUGCGGCGCAGGCAGGGGCCGGUGUGCCCCAACCCGGGGCGCCCGGGGCGGCGGCGACUGGCGGCGGCGCCACGGGGACCAGCCCGGGUCCCCCAGGCCCGGGCGCGCUGCCCUUCCAGACUUUCCCCUCCUACUCCGCGGCCAACGUCCUCUUCCCGGCAGCCUCUUCCUUCCCGCUGACGGCCGCCGCCUCCGGGGGCCCCUUUGCGCCCUUUCUCGGGCCCUCCUACCUGACCCCUUUCUACGCUCCGCACCUAUGAACCCGGAGCCCCUCUCGGCCCCCAGUUCGUCCGGAUUCACGAGUGGUGUCGUCGUGAGGUCUCAACUCCACGGAGGGGCGCUAAAGCGCAGGGACAGCCCCCUCCUGGCGUACGGGAGUCUGCGCGCCUCUUUUCUGCCAUCUGCCCGGAGGCGCCGCCAGAGGGCAGGGACAGGCCGCCUGCCAGCCGACUCACAGUCGCUCCCCUUCCUGCCUCGCUGACCCCUCCGAAUCCACCUAGUGCACUGAGGGGGAGCCAGGAUCUGCCGUCUUUAAAAGUGUCCUCAAAUCCUCCCGUUUCUGGACCUAACUCGUCACUCUUGGUCAGGCUUAAUUCAGCUCAAGCGCUCUUGUUGAAGGUCUGGGCGUUGGGCAUCAGGCUAAUAAAGCUGCAUGGAUGGGGACGCGAGGGAGCCGAGACCUCCAGCCCGCCAGCUGUUCACAUCUAGGAUGGAAUCCUCAAAGAUUUUAGCUCACUCCUAGGGUAAGGAGCUUUCCCUUUUCAUAGCCGGUUGUUUUCCCUUUUCAUACUUGAUGAUUAGCCCAAAACCAGCGAUUCCUCCCGAACACUGAACAAAGCUGGGAGAGCUGGGUCCUGGAAUACACACUGCCACUGUGAAAUGGACAAUUUUUUAAAUGUAUAAAACCCAUCGUUUUUUUGAUCUUCUUUACAAUUCAGACUUGAGUACCAUUCUUGUUCCCAACAGACUCUCUACAGGCUAUUCCUGAAAGAAUGGGUAUUUUAUUUUUCUGAGAAGACCCAAAGUUUGUGCUAGGAAAUCUAAGUGCUUUGGAGCUAGACUUUCCUGCUGCAGUAGACACACUUGUACCGCUCUGCCAAGUUCUGAGAGCAGCUUUGACAAACCACAGCAAUGACCCUAAAUGCAUAAAAAUGAUAAUGAAGGGACCAAUGGCUCAACUAAAAUCUUGAGGUCUAUGCAUGAGACUGCCUAUUUUUCCCCAAGUUUACUGAGAUGUAAUUGACAAGACUGCCUAUUUUGAUUUGCAGUAUUUGAGACUCUAAAACUUCAGUCCUGAUUAAUGAUUCUGUCCCAGUGAUUCCUAGGCUCCUCACGGGGAAAGCUCUGGGGGACAGCUAGC